AUGGGGCUCUGGAUAAGGACACUCUGGCACCUGUUCUUCCCGAUGCAGCUCCUGACUGGGCUGGCCGAGCCAGCUGAGAACUUGGACUUCUUCCUGCCUGGGGACUACCUCCUGGGUGGCCUUUUUACCCUCCAUGCCAAUGCAAAGGGCACUUCCCACCUCACCAUCCUGCAGGUGCCCAGCUGCGAGGAGUACGAAAUGAAGGUGCUGGGCUACAACCUCAUGCAGGCCAUGCGCUUCGCGGUGGAGGAGAUCAACAACCACAGCAGCCUGCUGCCCGGCGUGCAGCUGGGCUAUGAGAUAGUGGACAUCUGCUACCAAACCAACAACGUGCAGCCCGUGCUCUACUUCCUGACACAGCCGGAUUACUUCCUGCCCAUCAGCAAGGACUACAGCUACUACAUACCACGUGUGGUGGCCGUCAUUGGCCCUGACAACUCCGAGUCCACCAUAACGGUGGCCAACUUCCUCUCCCUCUUUCUCCUCCCACAGAUCACCUACAGCGCCAACUCUGACCAGCUGCGCAACAAGCGGCUCUACCCGGCCAUGCUGCGCACCAUGCCCAGCGCCACGCACCACAUCGAGGCCAUGGUCCAGCUGAUGCUUCACUUCCACUGGAACUGGAUCGUGGUGCUGAUGAGCAACGACGACUACGGCCGUGACAACAGCCAGCUGCUCCGAGACCGCCUGGCCCGCACCAAUGACAUCUGCGUGGCCUUCCAGGAGGUGCUGCCCACCCCGCAGGCCAACCAGUUCCUGACGGCCGCAGAGCUGAAGCAGCUGGACAGCAUCCUGCUCAAGCUGAAGCAGUCCACUGCGCGCGUCGUGGUCAUCUUCUCGCCUGAGCUGGUCCUGCAUAACUUCUUUCACGGGGCGCUGUACUGGAACGUCACGGACACCGUGUGGAUCGCCUCGGAGUCCUGGUCUAUCGACCCGGUCCUGCACAACCUUCCCGGGCUGCAGAGCACCGGGACCUUCCUCGGCAUCACCAUUCAGGCGGUGACCAUCCCUGGCUUCAGUGAGUUCCGCCUGCGCCCCACGGAGGCCACACCCGAGCGGCAGCCCACCAAGAACAGCUCGCGGGCCACCUGCAACCAGGAGUGUGAUGCCUGCUUGAACGUCACCAAGACCUUCAGCAGCAUCCUCACGCUCUCUGGAGAGCGAGUGGUCUACUGCGUGUACUCGGCCGUGUAUGCUGUGGCGCACGCCUUGCACAACCUGCUGCACUGCGGCCGGCAUCACUGCACCAAGAAAACCGUCUAUCCUUGGCAGCUGCUCAAAGAGAUUCGCAAGGUCAACUUCCCCCUCCUGAGCAACCAGAUCUUUUUUGACGAGCAAGGGGACGUGCCCAUGCGCUUGGACGUCGUCCAGUGGCAGUGGCUCCGGAAACAGAAUCCUUUCCAGAGUGUCGCCUUCUACUUCCCCAUGCAGCAGGCGCUGAGGAUGGUCGGCAACAUCUCCUGGCACACGGAAGACAACACGGUCCCCAGGUCCAUGUGCUCCAAAAGCUGCCAGCAGGGACAGAGCAAGAAGAGCGUGGGCAUCCACCCCUGCUGCUUCGAGUGCAUCGACUGCCAGCCGGGCACCUUCCUCAAUCAGACCGCAGAUGAAUACCAGUGCAAGUCCUGCCCGAUGUCCAUGUGGUCCAACCCGAGGGACACCUCCUGCUUCAGGCGGAAGCUGGCCUUUCUCCAGUGGCACGAGGUGCCCACCAUCAUGGUGGCCAUGCUGGCCGUCCUGGGCUUCCUCAGCACCUUGGCCAUCCUGGUCAUAUUCUGGAGGAACUUUCAGACGCCCAUGGUCCGCUCGGCCGGGGGCCCCAUGUGCAUCCUCAUGCUGGUGCCUCUGCUGCUGGCAUUCGGGAUGAUGCCCGUGUACGUGGGGCAGCCCACGGUCCCCACCUGCAUCUGUCGCCAGGCCUUCUUCACGCUCUGCUACUCCGUGUGCAUCUCCUGCAUCACUGUGCGCUCUUUCCAGAUCGUGUGCGUCUUCAAGAUGGCCAGCCACCUCCCCCGCGCCUAUAGCUUCUGGGUCCGCUACCACGGCCCCUACGUCUUCGUAGUGGUCAUCACGGCACUCAAGGGGGUCAUCAUAGCCAGCAACAUGCUGACCACCCCCAUCAACCCCAUGGGCCACCCUGACCCCGAGGACCCCAGCGUCAUGAUCCUCUCCUGCCACCCCAACUAUCGCAACGGGCUGCUGUUCAACACCAGCAUGGACUUGUUCCUCUCCAUGGUGGGCUUCAUCUUCGCCUACCUGGGCAAGGAGCUGCCCACCAACUACAACGAGGCCAAGUUCAUCACCCUCAGCAUGACCUUCUCCUUCACCUCCUCCGUCUCCCUCUGCACCUUCAUGUCUGUCUACAACGGGGUGCUGGUCACCAUCAUGGACCUCUUGGUCACCGUGCUCAACUUCCUGGCCAUCAGCUUGGGAUACUUCGGCCCCAAGUGCUACAUGAUCCUCUUCUACCCGGAGCGCAACACGGUAGCCUACUUCAACAGCGUGAUCCAGGGUUACACCAUGAGAAAGGAGUAGCUUGUACCGGAAGUGGGCUCAGCCGCCCUCAUCCCACUGCAAAGGAACCAGUACAGAGUGGUCACCCCUGGCUGUCGCCUCCUUGUCCUGCUCCCAUUUGGCAUUCUCUGAGGCCCUCUGCCACCUCUGCAACACUCUGUUCUUUGACUGUUUCUCUUGCCACCUGCUUUGAGAAGAAAUAAUACAGUGUGACCCGCUGGUCUCCAAACACAGUGAGAUUGAGCGCCUACAGCCCUCCCACCUGGCCCGCCCAGGGGCACCUGCUGUUCCAGCCACCCCCUACCGCAGGUUCACACCCAGGGUCUGGGCUGCGUUGCAGUGAGCUCAGGGCAUGCGCAUCUCCCAAGCAUCUCCCGCGUUUGUGUCUCAUUUCC